GCAAGCGGCAUGCCAUCCAUGGACCAUCUCCAACCACGACAAGACGUCCAUUCUCCAUCCCCCAGUCUUGCUCCAUGAUUGCUUCAUGAUACCUACUGCGAAGCUUCGCGUUCUGCCCUGAACGCUACUCCACAGCCUCGUCGACUGGACCUCCCAAGACCUACGCGACUGCCAUUCACCCAUCCAUCCAUCUGCAGCCGCUACCAGCCGAGGCGCAACUCACCACCGCGCUCACCAUCACCAUGGCCUCCACCCUCGACGGCAUCAAGGCCGCCCUCGAGCAGAUUGUCCGCGACCCCAAAUACCACGACGUCCUCUCCCUCGUCAAGACUGCCCGCAAUGGCGCCGUGUACGGGACCAAAGUGCGCUUUCCCCACGCGCUCGUCAUGAUCUUUCUUUUCCGAUCGGGAACCUUUCGACAAAAAGUCGGCCUUGUGCUGCGCGCAACGAGACACCACGCCUCCAACCUGGCCCGCUUUGCCAGUAUAUACAAGCUCACCAUGAUGGCGCUGAAGCGAUUCGGUCCCACGCCCGGCAAGGAAGGUCCCUACGACUCCUUCUUCGCCGGCCUCCUGGGCGGCUACUUUGUCUUUGGCGGCCGCUCCCCGCGCACGGGCAAGAUCUCCUCGGUCAACCAGCAGAUUGUCAUCUACAUCUUUGCCCGCGUCGCCCUCGCGCUCGCCCGCAUCGCCGUCAAGCCGGGCCACGGCCUGCCCCUCGUCUCCGCCGAGCCGCUGCACUCCAGGAUCAGCUACUACGCCUGGCCGGCGUUUGCCAGUCUCAGCUGGGGCGCCGUCAUGCUGCUGUUCAAGCACCACCCCGAGGACCUGCAGUCGAGCCUGCGCAGCAGCAUGACGUACAUCUACAAGGACUGCGACAGCUGGGAUGACCUGCGCACGUUGGUGUGGCACAACAAAUAGAGCGGGGGUUUUAACACUAUCUAGACUUUUCAUGCCUUGGACUGGAUGCACUUUUGGAUAUUCGAUUGGCGUUUGAUGGGCUUUGCAUGGCCAAC